UCAUUCAUAAAGUACCUCCUUCUUAAAAAAUAAAUAGGAAAAGCGUACAGCAAUAUCCCGCCUAGUGAAGAGAGUCUGCCCAGCGCCCGCCACCGCUGCCGCUAGUGUUGAGGUAGUCUGACUGAGAAUUAAACCUUUCAUCAUUCAAUUUGUCUUCCUAUCAGUAGUUAGGGCUAUGGUAAUGUGAGGAAAGAUGGAGGCUUCCCCACAAGUAAUAGAAGUGGCAAGUCAGCUGGCCCAGGCUGUCAACACCACCCUUGAUCCAUCAGUGUCUCAUGCUGUCAGACUUGCCUCCUAUAACCUUCUGGAAAAAGUAAAAGAAGAAAGUGAGCUGGCAGUGGGCUGUGGGUUUUACCUGGCUCAUCGUGACAGAGAGCCUGUGGUGCGACACUUGGGACUCCAGCUUCUUGAACAUGCCAUCAGGUAUAAGUGGAAUGACUUAUCCGUCCAACAGAAGGUCUAUAUUAAGGAGAAUUCGAUGCAGCUGGUUGCUGAAGGAACACUUGAUCUUCUAUCAGAGCACUUGUAUGUAAAAGACAAGGUAUCUCGUUUGGUGGUAGAGAUGAUGAAACGAGAAUGGCCCCAACACUGGCCGGGCCUUCUUGAGGAACUUCACCAACUAUCCAAGAGAGGGCCCACACAAACAGAAUUGGUAUUGUUUGUGUUUCUGCGCAUUGCUGAAGAUGUGGCAACUUUGCAGAACUUGGAAUCAAAUCAGCGGCGACGGGAUCUCUACCAGGCUAUGACAGCCAACAUGGAGAGUGUGUUUGGCUUUUUCCUGUCUCUUUUAGAGGAGAAUUAUACACAGUACAAAGCCCAUGUUGGCCAACAAGACUCAGUGACUGCUCUCUGUCACUGUCGUGUUAUGCAGGUUGUACUAAUGACCCUCACAGUUUAUGUGGAAUGGGUCUCUGUUCAGUACAUAUUUGCUGAGGAUGGCAAGCUUCUUCAGUCCUUGUGCUUCCUAUUGAGUGAGGAUAGUGUCAAAAAGGAGGCUGCUGAAUGUCUUCUUCAGAUUGUGAGCCGGAAAGGUAAAGCUGAUGAGAGACGUCCUUUGCUGCUGCUUUUUGCGGAGGCUCCAAUGUCAGCUGUAUUUAAUGCUGCUGAUCAGGCUGUGAUGGGUCCGCUCAGUGAACAUAACUACCGGUUUCUGAAGACUUUAACCCAGGUUCUCACAGGCCUUGGCUCUCAACUUUGUACUUUAUGGGUUAAAGAAGGUGAUGUUGGUGAACCACCAAACUUCAGAGUGUACCUGGAUGCCAUGCUGGCCUUCACCCGCCACCCUAGUCUCCAUAUAUAUAACUACACAAACAGCCUUUGGGGACAACUUUUCCGCCAUGACCAGGUUCCUCUCAGCAAGACUCUACGAGCGAUGCUUCCUACCUGGAUCACCAUAGUUUCCCAAAAGGUGAUGAAGCAUGGGUAUCCCUCUAAAAAUGACUCUGAGAGUUGCCAGUAUUCUUUGCUGGACUUCGACAGUGAUGAAGAAUAUUCACAUUUCUUCUACAAGGUGCGCUCUGAAACCUUGGAAACAAUUAAAGCAGCCUCUCUGCUGGCUCCAGACAUCAUGUACACCCAUGUUGAAGAGUGGCUCACCUCUCACGUCAAAAAGACCACCAGUACAGGCACAUCAGACAAGCAACUGUGUAACCUCUUCUCUCCAUCGUACCUUGAGUGGGAUGCUCUCUCUCAGGUAGUUGAGAGUGUGAUGAGCCGUGUGAUGCAGAGUAGUGGGUGGAAGCCAUCAGCAGAGAGUGGACUUAAGUUACUGCAACUCUGUCUUGCAUAUGAGACAACGGACCCACUCAUCCUGUCCACACUGCUGUCAUGCAUCUCGGGCUUGUUCAUCUUCAUUAGACUUGUGCCCAGUGUGUUAUCUGAGAUCCUGAACAAAAUCUUCUCUGCCUUAACAUUCUCUCUUCCUGGGCAGACCAAAGACUCACGAAGCAGGGCUGUGAAAAAUGUGCGAAGACAUGGGUGCUCCCUGAUGGUAAAAAUUGCCCGUGACUACCCUGAUAUACUUAUUGAAGCCUUUGACUUCAUCAACAGUGUUGUGGACAGUUUGAGUCACAACCCGCAGGAGCUGUCACAAAUGGAAAAGGUGACCCUGCAAGAAUCACUUUUAAUAACAAACAAUAAUUUUCAUAAUUUUGACAAGCAAAGUUCUUUCAUAAGUAAAGUUCUAAGUCCAGUGUCUGUGAUUUGGGUUGAGAUGAAGCAAGCAUUCAGCUCUCCACUAGAAUUCAUGUCCUUUGUAGGAUUGGACAAAGCACCAGUUGAACCUAGUGAGAAUGAUGUGAAUGGUCAAAAUAGAGCUCAAAUUAUCUUCUGUGUUAACCUGAUUUUGGCUGUGAUAAAGCGCUCAGAGUUUCCCUCAGAUCAUGACAAAGCUGAGAGGGGAGGCUUUGUUCUAGAGAGAUCUGAGGGUGGAGCAGUGGUGUGCCGUAACCCUGCCACUCCACAUGUUAUGCCCUUGCUCCACCAACUCUUCUGCCUUGCUAGACUCUUCAAUUCCUUAUGGCACCCAGAAGCAAUUACCAAUGUGUCUGUGGGGUAUGCCAAGGCCCACAAUCUGCCUGAUGCUGAAAGGAAUAAUAUUUUGGGUCUUGCAAAUUCAAGCAACACUGAUCGUUGUGCUGAUUCUCCGAAGGUGCAACAACCUCUUGAAAGAAUGCAGCACUUUCUUGCAAUGAUGCAUGACAACUGUUACCAUAUCUUGGGCAAUGCUGGCCCAUCAUUAGGACUGCAGUUCUACCAGCAUCCACACCUCACAGAAUAUAUAAUCCAUUCCCCCUUAGCAAAUUUAGCUCUCAUACCUGACUAUCGUCUCCGUCCCAUUAUACGCACAUUCCUCAAGCCUUUCAUCCAGUGGUGUCCUCCACAGUGUUAUCAGACUGUGCUGCUGCCCAUCCUUAACCAUUUGUGCCCUUACAUGCUGGAGAGACUGAGUGUUCGUUGGGGUCACCUGAGCAGCCUGAUAGAGAGUGGCUCAUAUGAGGAGGAGAACACGGACACACAGGAAAUGCUAGAGGACUUGUUGAUACGUAUGCUGACAAGGGAGUACAUAGAUCUACUAAAAGUAGUGUUGAUUAGUGGCCCUCGAGGUGGAUGGCAGCAAGACAGUAGUGAAGGUAUGGACACAGAGAUGGAAGUGUGUGCUGCUCUUCCGGUGACUCCAGAGGCACUGUCUGAACUUGGACAGUUAGUGCUGGGCUGUGAUACUAUUUGUCAAGCUAUCGUUACUACUUUACUAAAGGUACUGUGGUGGCAGGACAGUGGGGCCUGUCUUAAGGCUGUGGGUGUUGUAGGACAAGUGUUAAGAUGGCUGGCUGGGGAGGGACAACACCUCAGUCCUGAAGCAGUGCAGCAGGUUAUGAUGGCUGUGUUGCGUGGCCUUCACACCCAUGGGCAGCAUGAUGCCAACCAAAGUGCCCUCCUCUCCCUUGGGCUGGCUACUUAUGAGAUGUUUAGGCCAAACUUCCCAAAUAUCAAAGAGGUGCUCAUUGGACUUCCUGGAGUGACAGCAGAAGAUGUGCAGAGUUUUGAGGAAAAGCUACAGGCAUCAAACCAAAACCCAAAUAUCAAAAGUAGCAAGCUUGAGAAAGUCAAGAAGGAUGUCUUCAAAAAAUUGAUAACAGAGAUAGUGGGCCGUAAUAUUGGUCAGGCCUUCAAGAAAGAAGUUCACAUGAACAACUUGCCACCAAUGUUCAAGGCACCUCGCCCUAAACAGCCUCGUGUUGAUGACACCGAUGCAGACAUUGGCUUGUGUUCUCUAUUUGGACCUGAAGUUGCAGAUACAAAUGGUCAUCAGGUCACAUGAUUUAUGAAUUGUUGGAUGCAACGGUUUGUCUCUUUGUACAAGAAAAAGUUAUUUGUGGUAAUUUGAACCUCACUUUAAGACGCAGAAAAGGUUUAUAGUGUUCAUAAUGAUUACACACAUUCAUAAGCUACAAAAAAUAUAUUUUCCAAUAUAAUUAUUUAGAUACCUUACAAAAGCAAGCAUUUCUUGCAGUCCUUAAUGAUGUACUACCCAUCAUGUACUUUUCCCACCACCCAUCUUACUAACAAUUUCUUCUGUACUAUUGUCUGUCCUUACUUUCUCUGCCAUAUCCUUUGCUUCUGUAUCCACCCUGCGACUCACAUGUCUUUUGUGUGCAGUUUCCUCUUUUUCCUUUUCUCCACUAUUAUUCCUUUAUCUUCCUGCCUUACUCACUUUCCCUUCAUUCCUGCAUUUAUGACUACUGUAUUGUAGUAGACUGAACUUGCCAAAAACUAUGGCAACUAGAGUAAAAUAAUGCUACCAGUGUUUGGUAAGAUAUAAGAAAACUGAAAAUUAUGUCUUUAUAUUAUACGUACCACUAUUAACUUUUUAUUUUACAAUAAAGAAUUCUGUAGUCAAUUAGGUAUAAUUUUUCAGUGUUUUGUAAAAUUUUCAGUAGUUCAUUCCAAUUUUAGAAAUGUGACUUUUAAGUAAAUAGUGAUUACUUGUCUCCUUUUAAUUUUAAUUACAAACCAAAGAUUUUUUAUUGGACUCAAGUCAUGAGUGUUACAAGCUACUCCCAGAUAAUUUAUAACAUUUGUAUCACUGUCUUUAUUUAGUCUUUCUUGUAUGACAAAGUACUAAUACCAUUCUAUAUUUAAUUGGUCAAAUAGGUCACAAAAGCAUUCAAGCUUAUCAUGCUGGACAUAUAAAUGUUGUUCAUAGUUUAGAGUUAAACAUUUCUUUGAAAAUGUCAAAGUACUUAUCCAUUCUGUAACUGGAAAACUUUCUGUUAAUAGUGAAUCCCAUUGUCAUUACUAUCUCUGUAUUGCAUCAUAGGUCCCACUGGCUCAAGAUUUUGAGUUAUUUUCAUUCUUAUCUGUCACUCUAAAGCAAAUUGAAAUGCAGUAGUAAUUUUCUCUCCAAAUGGCAGCCCAUACAUAGUUUGCUUAAAAACUUGAUAGUUUUGUUUGGUGAUUAUUAUUUGAGUAUACAACUGGUUUCAUAACACUAAAUAUGUAUUUCAUAAAGAAAAAAAAAAAGAAAAAAACAUGCUGUUGUAAGUUUUUUUUUUUAGUUCAUACUGAAUGUAACUAUAAUGCAUCUGUGUUUUUAACAGAUAAAAAGCCAUGUGGAAAUAAGUACAAAAAUAGCUACCGUGACAAAUUAUGCAAUCCAUCUACUCACUAAGUUCUUUGUUGCCUAUAUAAAAAUUAUAACCUUUACACAUUGCAUAUAGUCCACCAAAACUUUCUGUGCCCCUCCUGUCUUCAGUUUGGCCACCCAGCCACACAUAGACCAUCUGACUUUCAACACCCUUCUUUCUCUUUAUGUAAACUCCAAGUCAAAAGCUGGCCAGCCAUGGCAAAUAAAAUGUUUUCUUGAAGCAUGUUAAGUGUGCACACACACACACACACACACACACACACACACACACACACACACACACACACACACACACACACACACACACACACACACACACACACACACACACACACACACACACACACACACACACACACACACACACACACACACACACACACACACACACACACACUAAUGGUAGGUCUUUUGCUGACCAUACUUUUUGUCUCUUCCUUCUUAAUUUUUAUGCUCAAGUACACUAUAUUAGUUGAAAAGUGCAGACUGGGGAUUUCCCAUAGGUGGGAUGGAGGUGGUGUGAUUUGAAUACAAAAUACUUAUGAGAAUUGAGAUUAAUCAAAUUUACUGGGACUGAAUAUGUACCAAAUUGUCAGAAACAUGUAUGGUGUGCCAUACUUCUGGUGGCCACACCUGUCAAUUGGCUUAAUGAUGGAGUGAAUAAACUCACCAGAUUUGUGUAAACAUAGAAAGCACUGCCAAAUUUCCAUGGCUAAAUAUAAUUGAAUACAAUAACACUA